AUGAGUCUUCCGGACAAGAUGCCUACAAAAGAAAUGGCUUUGAUCAUACCCCCGAGCCUGCAAAGUAGAUAUGAGCGAUGGCUAAGAGGCUACCCAAAACCACUUAGUCCAAAGGAUCCAAAGACUAUGCUGGACUUGUAUGAGGAAGAAUUUAUGUUCAGGGAGUAUACCAAUGAACUAGAAACUGAUGACUUAAAAGAUCAGAACUUUCCUGAACCGUUUAGUAAGCAGAUGAUUCAGAGAAUGAAACUGUCAGAUGGUGGGAGACAAUGGAUAAACCCUUUCUUCUUCCGAAGGGUAUUGACAUGGGGUGACAGGAGCAGGGUUGUCAAGGAAAAACCCCCUAAAAGAGAACUCCCCAGGCCACCCCAGUCUCCUUGUUCUACAACAUCUUUUCUUGAAGAAACAGAGGAAAGAGAAACUCAUACUGUUGAUAUAGACACUGAAGCAAAAACAAGUCGCAGGAUCGGGAUUAUUAAGUGUCCAUUACCCCUGUUGAACUUUUUGGCAAUUAUAUGUACCCUCGCAAUUCUUUAUAGUCUAGUAGUGAUAACUGUGAAAGUAGUUAUGACAGACACACCGAUACAAGUGAAUGAAACCUUACAUGAGAGAACAAAAAGAUCUAUAUCUAUAUUUAAUAGGCCCAAUUACAAAAAAGAGAAAAUCACCUGUUGUACUAAAAGAGGAAAUAAAUUGUCACAAUCAAUGUUAGAUAGAGUUACAGGUUGGCAUGAGCAGAAGAAAGAAGGGGUAUGUAAACUAGACGCUAUAAUCCUAAUUAUCAGGGCGUCCCCAAAGAAUAGUUCCCUAUGUCUAUCACCCAAUCCAAGUGACAAAGCCACUAGGAGGAAAAUACAGGAAUUAAAGGGACAAGGAACUCAGAAGAGAAGUCUCCUCUCCGAGACAACCUUCAAAAUAGAUAACGUAGAAUCAUUAAACUGGCCAGACCCAAGUAAUGUGCCACAUCAUUUCCUGCUGAUGCAUGAAUUUGGUAAACAACAGUCAGAGGGAAAAGGAAACUGUUGGGUUUGUUCACACAUGCAUUCAGGGGAGCACAUUUAUCCAAUGCUAGCAAAACCUGUGCGCCUUCCUUCCCUGAUCGACAUAACAGAUCUAGAGACAGUACAAAUCACAACAACUAACAAACCAUUCUUAAUACAAGGGUAUUCCGAGUCUCCAAACUUUUGUUUUUUAAAUGGUCAUUAUUAUUCUAGGGAUGUGAAAUAUUUUGCUAAUGCUAAAUUCUGUGCAAAUACAGACGUUAACUUCACACUAUUGGACAUAGAAAGCUAUAUUACAAAUCAAACAGUAGACAUAAAAGGGCUCAAUACAGUCGCCAUUGCCGAUGCCGAUGAAAGAAUAGAAAGAAUGUUUCAGUACAAUCUUACAGAAUGUCCAUCCUAUAAGCCCCAGGUCAAUCAAGGCCCAUUAACUUCUUGGUUGAAGCAAAUAAACAAAACGGACAUUAAGUAUGGAAGUACUGACCCUAUUAACAUAGUUCAGUGGAUGUGUUUAAUGGGGCUAAGAAGUGGGCAAAAUACCUUCAGUGAUAUUCCAGCACCUCGUCUACCAAAGGGCUGGAUAGUGUGUUGUGGGUUAUGGUGCCAUACUACAAUCCCUUUUCCUAAAGAUACUAGUUCAAGAGGUUGGUGCACUAUGGUCCAACUCUUCCCAUACAUGAGUGCUCAAUCAGGAAAAGAAGUACGGAUGGGACCAGCCCAUGGGGUGCUCAUGUUCCAUAACACACACAGGAAAAAGAGGGCACUGACGAGCACAUGGGAAAAGUUUUACAUGAGCAUCUUAGGUCCAACAGGAACUGCAAUGGCCCUAGUAAGAGUAGAUGCCUUCCAGGAAUUAGUCGAGAACUGGGUUAAUAUCACCACAAAAGACCUGGGGAUGAUAAAUGAGGAAAUGAGAAAAAUAAGGAUGGAACAGGAAGUGAUUAGGCAGAGACAGGAGAGACUAAUGAUGGCAGUCACGGGACUGUGUGAUCAAACAGAAAACAAACAAAUCUGUUGCAUUUAUUUCUCUAACUUCACCAAAGAGACAAGGGACAUUGAGGUACCAGAUUACUAUGAAAUAAUCAACAGUCAUCAAGAGGAAAGGGAGAGAUUACAAGGGGAAUUACAUAAUAUGCCUGGGUCAUGGAACCCUUUUGACUUGAUAGGAGAUUGGACAGGAGUUCACAAUAUGGGGAGUGGGAAAAACCUCUCAAUUGAUAAAGCAUAA